AUGACGCCGGGUCCAUCUCCCACCUCCUUCACCUCGGGCCCCGCAUCCUCGCCUUCGGCCUCGACCAAAAGAGACCGAUCCAACAACACAGAGGACAUCGCUGCGCGUGCAUACGCCGAUCGCGCUCAGAAGCGCACAAGGGUCCGACAAGCCUGCAACCGUUGCAAGGCGCGCAAGAUCAAGUGCGGCGAUCUCAGGCCUUGCAAGAACUGCACCAGCCUCGGCCUCGUCUGCCGUGACUGGCGUCCGGGCGAGGAUCCCAGCGACCAUGCCACAUACAUCAAUCCAGCAGGCCGCUCCUCUUCCGCAGCCAUCGAUCCGCUCAACGAGCAAGACGCUUGGUCUGCACCAGAAUACCCCCUCAGGAUGCACGACCAUCCCACCAGACAUCCAAGUGCCGAUCACGCCAACAUCUCCGCCGACAUCGAUGCAAGGGCUCAACGGUCCGGCUCAGCCAUUCCCUGGCCCAACACUCCCUAUGAGCGCUCUCGUCACACCGUCGCCUGGCCUCCCAAACCAGAUCCAAAGCGUCAUAGGUAUCUCGCCUAUCCUUACGACUCGAUCUACCGCAACGAGUUCGGCCAUCUCAAGGCACUCUCUCUGUCCUCAGGCCUCGGCACUCUCUCCUACCUGCACGAAUACCACAAGCUCGCCAACGAGCAGUUCCUCGACGCCCUCUGGCAGGUCCUCGAGGGUGAGAACCAGGACGGCGUCAACAUGCAGAUGUUCGCAUUGGAGAACGAGUCGCUCUCACCCCAUUCUCACGCCAGCCAUCCCAGCUCCGGUCUCGGCGCUCCGACCGGCGGUUUCUCCGACUCUCUCGCCGCCGACUGGUCUCUGGGGGGCGCUCCCUCCCUCAACGUCCCCUUCACCUUCGAUGCUGCCGCAGGACCGACUCCCGAACGCAUCCCGUCCAUGCAGAUUCCGACGAAGAGCACGCUCUCCAUCGCCAGCACAUCCUCUGCAGAAACCUCGCCGGCAAAUCCACAGCCAAUCCCUCCCGACACUCGUCGCAAUCGUUCCCAGAGCCACGCCGUCGCCUCCACAGUCACAAAGGACGCCAAUGGAGCACAGUACGAACAGAGUCGGCCAGCCACCACCUACCUUGAAGCCGGCCCACCACCCGAGGAUCUGUGGGCUUUUAUGGGAUCCAAGAUCCCCCAGCAGCAUCGACGUUCGCUCCUGCAUACCUUCCUCUCAACCACCUACGUCCUCUGGCCCACGUUCAUCCUUUCCGAGUUCCUCGCCUCGCUCAAGGACGAGCGCGAACGCCAGAAUCCCACCUUUGUCUGCCUCGUCAUCGCCUGCUGCGCCGUUGCCGCUCGUCAAGAGGCCGGCAGCUCAAAGGGUGGCCAUGCAGCCGAAUGGGGCCGCAACUUCGGCUUCUUCGAGCUCUACCUCGACAUUCGCAGGCUCGCCCCACGCAACACAGACUGGGCAAGCCUCAACCACAUCCAGGCCCUCUUCUACCUCUCCCACUACUGCUUCGGUGCCUCUGGGCCUUUCGGAGUGACAAGGGCGCACUAUCUUAUGAACGGCUGUGUUUCGAAAUGCUUCGACGUUGGACUACACAGAUCUGCCGAAACCUACACGGACGCGUUUACAAGAUCCGAGAUCGAGGCACGUCGACGCACGCUCUGGGCUAUCUACUGUGGCGACAAGAUCUCGGCGGCCUAUGGACGACCCGUGAUGCUCCGACUCUCCGACAUUGACGUCCCGGAGAUUGAUGUCGACUCGGACGAAUACACCGAAAGGCUACCGGCUGCCACAUCCUUCGACCGCGCAUGCACGCUUCGACCCUGGCAUCGAGCGGCCAUCCGCCUCUUUUGCGUCUUGGAGCGCGUCAUCGACAAGAUCAACCUUCCAGCGUGCAGCUCAUCGGCAGCUCUGGAGCGCGUCAUGCGCAAGAAGCCGAAACGCCCGAGGCAGUCCGAGAAUCACGACGACAGCUGCAUGGCCGACCACGAGGCUAUCGGAUUCGAGGAGGAGCUGGAGUUGGUCGAUGAUUUCCAUUACGCUGACUGUCCCAAGCCGACCACAUCGCAUGAGGAUGAUUCAAUGUACCAUGCGCACGUGGAGAGGCUGCGCACCACAGCAGCCUUCAUCAAGAUUUUCAUCUAUCGUCAUCUCUUCUGCAUGGCCAACACGAAUCUCUCGCGCCAGCCUCCGCGAACCGACUAUCGGGACGAGAUGGUCAAGUGGUGCCGCGAGCUCCUGCUCUCGCAACGCAAGAUGAUCCAGCGCGGCGACUACACCGACUUUGGCUCGGUCAUGUCUUAUCAACUCAGCCAGACUGGACGCGGUCUCAUCCCGGCCAUCUACAUAACCUCGCGCUUGAUGGAUCCGUCGCAAGAUCCCAACUCGAGCGCGAUACUCAAAGAGGCGCAAGAGCUUCUCGUACUAGCCUACGACCUGCUUCGGCAACUCUCGAAUCGAUUCACGGCUUCAAAUCGUCAACUGCAGAUCAUGCAGUCUGCAUUCCGUCGCCUGGAUCUUAGUCUCCGAAAGCGUCACCACAAGACUGGAGCGACCGGCUCGCACGACGCAGCGGCUCACACAGGAUUGGCGGAGCAUGCAGGCGCGCCCGGUGCGACUGGGCGCGCAUCGGCCGAGAGGGAGAUGACGAGUGGACUCGACUUGAUUGCUGGCGUCGCAGGCGCAGAACUGCUCGGUGCAGAGGCGCUCGGCGAGUCAACAGCGAGCAACGAGGAGGAGGACGAUUUCGAGGAUGAUCUCGACCGAGACAAGAAGCCAGGAUGGAUCUCGGAUCUGCCGAUCAACCAACCGGCAGAAAAGACGGCACCGCAUCCGGUCGGCGCAUUCGUGGGCUGGCCACCGGCUCCCGGCUCCGGAAUGCCUCCUCGAGACGAGUAA